AUGCGCAACCAUAAUCAUGUUUACCAAGCCUUAACCUUUCUUCCACGGUGGAUAUACCUCAUGAACAUUUUCCGCCAUUCUAGCGCACCCGCAGCUCUCUUCAAAGCAGCCACAAUGAUGAAUGAAACGCCGACUACUUUCCAAUCCUACGACUCUUCCACAAUGACGAAGCAUCGUAGCGGUAUCUUGACUCGGGCACAUGCUGCAUUGUCUAGCUUGUCAAAACCAGUCGAUAAUUGGGGUGUCAGCGACGUUCCUAUUCUCUCCUCACAGAUCACGCCGAGGAGAAGUCGAUCACGCCAAUACAGCGACAGUAAUAAGAGCGUGACUAUGUCCCCUCUUAAGCCCACUCGCAGCCGUGCACCCGGAAAUCGGUCGCGAGUGCUUUCUAUGCGACCAUUGAGCAUCGCGAGUGUGUCUACUUUCGGCGCGUGGAUGUUAGACCAGAUUUGCGCUGACGACGAAGCGGAUAGCGACCACAAUGAGUACGAUACUGAGACCGAAACUCAGUCAAUCAGCAAGCUAUCGGUGCCGGCUUCCUAUAGUGAGGCUCAACACGAAACACCAGUGCAGCACAAGUACGUCUAUCCAGAUUAUCCAUCUGUCAACCUCAAUGGGAGCUUGUUCCGUGAUCUCGGAACCGGUACACACCCGCUGCGCAUGCACCCACCUUCGUCGUCCCCUUCACUUCGAGAUCAAGCGACGGCUAUGCGGAAACAGGACGCCCCACGACUAUCACAAACUUCGAGCUGUCUGUAUGUACCAACUACUCCACUUCUCGACGAUGGAGCCUCCAAGGCAUCUCAGGAUACCAUCAGCACGCGGCGCAGCCGUCCUACACUCACCGAGCUGGACAUCAAUGUGGCCAACAACAACGUCCAAACCAACGAUGAGAAACCCAUCAACGAGCGUCAAGAGAUCAACGAUGAUAUGCAAAAGAUACUGGUGUCCGCUCCUGAGGACGUUUCUGUGCCUUGUGACGUUGGUUACGUUGAAGCCAUGCGUCUUUGGUAUGAGGAGAAAGAGAAUGCGGCAUUGGAAGACCAGGCCCGUGGACGCAGGAAUGCAAGAAAGAUAGGGAUCGGUGGAUGCGCGAUGUCCAGUGCAUCUGCAUGCCAACGGCUCUAG